CACUCUUUCUCUCGAUGCCCUCUCUUUCCCCUUCUCCCUCGUCAUGGUCGCCCAGAAGACGAACUCCUUGCUGAAAUGGGUUUGCUUCAUUUUCGGCCUCGUCUCCGUCAUCCUCACCAUCGUCCUGAUCGUCCUCUCCCGCCGGGCGCCCCGCUGCGCCGGCCGGCCGCUCCAUCCCCCGCUCGGCGAACACGACGCGCGCAGCCGCGUCUUCGCCGACCUCACCCGGGAGGAGUACCUGGAGGUCCGGGACUUCAUGCUCGGCCGCAAAGAGCUGGACAUAUCCACCCAUCAGCUCACCGAGCCCUCGAAGAACUUCCUGUUUCUGAUAGACCUCUCGUUACCCCAAAAAGCCGAGGCGCUGGGGUACUUGGAGGGCAAAAGCCCCCGGCCGGCGAGGGAAGCCACAGUCGUGGUUUUCUACGGCGUGCGUGGGCACAUUAAGGAGUACGUGGUGGGACCUCUCCCCAAUCCCAGCUACUUUAGAGAUGUCACCCUGGAGAGGUACAAGAUGGAAGUGCCCAUCAAUGCGCGUACGGUCACCGUCGGGGAAUACAAGCUGCUUUUCGGAUUUCUCGACGCGGAGGUGUUCUCCGAGCUGGGCGACCUCUUGAGAGAAAGCUUCGACGUGCACGGCGAUAAACGACUGAAUCCUUUCGAGCAGAUGCCCCGUGGGGUUAAAUCCGGGCAAAGGAAGACCUGGGUGUCUUUCUUCAGGGACGCGGACGGGAUGUACAUCCACCCCGUGGGCUUCGAGGUUCUGGUGAACCACGGGAGCGUCAACGCGUCCGACUGGAGAGUGGAGCGCGUACUUUACAACGGCCAGUACUUCGACAGCGUGAAGGAUCUGAAGAGGCAAUACGACGCGGGGUCUGUCAGGAAGAUCAAGUACAAGGAAACGCGCGACUACGGCUCGCUGAAACCCGCGCGUAAACCGCUGCAGCUGCCUCCGCAGCAGUUCUACGCGCAGGGCAAGCGCUUCAGCGUCAAGGACAACCACGUCCUGUACCUGGACUGGAGCUUCGCGUUCGGGCUGAGCGCCCUCACGGGGAUGAGAGUGUUCGACGUGCGUUUCAAGGGUGAAAGGAUAGCGUACGAGAUAAGCGUCCAGGAGGCCAUGUCGGUGUACGGCUCGGUGACGCCCGGCAUGCUCCUCACAAAGUUCCUGGACUCCAGCAUCGGCAUUGGCCGCUUUGCGCACGAGCUGGUCCGCGGCGUGGACUGUCCGUACGACGCCACGUACGUCACCACCUACCGCUACAUCGACGUCGCCGCCCCGAUCAGGUUCAGCAACUCCAUCUGCAUCUUCGAGUACAACCUUGGCCAGCCCCUCCGCAGGCACUUCGCCGACUUUUUCCACAAUAGCUAUGGAGGCAUGGUGAACAGUGCUUUGGUGUUCAGGACCAUCACGGCCAUAGGAAACUACGACUACAUGUGGGACUUCAUCUUCUAUCAGAGCGGCACGGUGGAGGCCAAGGUGCACGCCACCGGCUACAUAUCCUCCUCCUACCUGAUGGAUGGAAGUCUGAAGUACGGCCACCAGGUGGCGGAAAACGUUCUGGGCAACAUCCACACUCACUUUGUCAACUUCAAAGUGGACCUGGAUGUGUUAGGGUUGAAGAACGUGUUCCAGGUCAAAGACAUGGAGUACGUCAAUGUGUCUCUUCCCUGGAUGCCCGAGCAUCACGCCAUGAUCCCCCAACUGGUGGAGAAACAACUGAACACCGAACAGGAGGCAGCUUUGCGCUACGACACCAAGACUCCGCGCUACCUCCACAUCGCCAGCAAACAGACCAACCGCUGGGGCCACCAGCGCUCCUACCGGCUGCAGGUGUUCAGCUUCACAGGGGACCACCUCCCGGAGAGCCAGCCCGAGGAGAGGGCCAUGUCCUGGGCCAGGUACAAGGUGGCCAUCACUAAGCACAAGGACUUGGAGCAGACCAGCAGCAGUCUAUACAGUCAGAACAACAUCUGGACUCCUGCUGUCGACUUCAGCAAAUACAUCGAAGACAACGAAAGCAUUGAGGAUGAGGACCUUGUUGCCUGGGUGACCACGGGUUUCCUCCACAUCCCCCAUGCCGAGGACAUUCCCAACACGGUUACCGUGGGUAACGGGGGCGGGGUCAUCCUGCGGCCCCACAACUAUUUUGACCAGGAUCCGUCGAUUGACUCCCCUGACAGCGUGUACAUCUCCCCUGGCACCGAGCAGAGCUGCGACAACAACAGGAUGGCCUGCCUUGCUCAAGAGACCUGCAGCCCUGUGCUCGAACCCUUUACCUACCACGGCUUUGAAGGAGUCUUGAAGUUUGAGGGGUGAGCGUGCCACAUCUGGCAGAA